GGCCUGCAAGAUUUGAGAUUUGAGAAUCCAAGGAAAAGUGCAAUAUUUCUCGGAGAACGACGUCGUAACGUCAGCGAAGGAGGCCUCCCUUCAAGAAUCAAGCUCGCGGUCGAGUACCGCAGUCCUUCUCCCUUCCGACGGCUCCAUCGUCCUUGAAAGGCUGCCAGUGGAACCACCGUACUGGAGUUUGUCGACCUCGCGAGCCACCUCUGUCAUGAGCUUCUGCCUGGUGCUCUGUGCAGCUUGAAACCUGGGCUUACAGUACUCACGUUCCCUUUAUGAGAAACGGGAACUGGUCUAUCGAUAACGAAUGAUAAUUUCUCUGUCCUGCUUAGCUUGCAAGCCUUUUGGGAAUUGCUUUUCUGAGUGCUGUGUUUGAGUUACAAUUAACCGGAGAUACUUGCACUUUCUCUACACUCAUGGCUGCAUGGUUUUCGAGAAAGCUAUUGAGAGAUGUUUUGCUUAAAAGGACAGCUUCACGUCCUCUCCAGGGCACCAGAUGUUACUCUUCUGUAGUAGAAAAUGUUUCUAAGAUUACCCAUUCUUCGAAGAAAGGAAGGUUAUUGACAGGAGCAACCCUAGGCCUUGUUAUAGCCAGUGGAGCUUAUGUGAGUACUGUGGAUGAAGCUACUUUCUGUGGAUGGUUAUUCUCUGCAACAAAACUUGUGAAUCCUUUUUUUGCACUAUUGGACCCAGAGGUUGCACAUAGACUUGCUGUCUCAGCUGCAGCUCGUGGUUGGGUUCCUCGGGAGAAGAGGCCUGAUCCAUCAAUCUUAGGUCUACAAGUUUGGGGAAGAAAGUUCUCUAACCCAGUAGGCCUUGCUGCAGGCUUUGAUAAAAAUGCGGAGGCUGUUGAAGGUUUACUUGGUUUGGGUUUUGGCUUUGUAGAGGUUGGCUCUGUUACACCUGUUCCUCAAGAUGGCAACCCAAAGCCUCGCAUCUUCAGGUUGCGAACAGAAGGUGCUAUCAUAAAUAGAUGUGGCUUUAAUAGUGAGGGAAUUGUUGCUGUUGCAAAGCGGCUGGGUGCACAGCAUGGUAAGAGGAAGUUGGAUGAAACUUCAAGUGCUUCAAAUUCUUCUAGCAAUGAAGUCAAGCAUGGUGGAAAAGCUGGCCCUGGAAUUCUCGGUGUCAAUCUUGGAAAAAACAAGACAAGUGAAGAUGCUGGAGCAGAUUAUGUUCAAGGUGUUCAUACACUCUCCCAGUAUGCUGAUUAUUUGGUGAUUAAUGUUUCAUCACCCAAUACCCCUGGCUUGCGCAUGCUUCAAGGAAGGAAGCAAUUAAAGGAUCUUGUGAAGAAGGUUCAAGCUGCUCGUGAUGAAAUGCAAUGGGGUGAGGAGGGUCCGCCUCCAUUGCUUGUUAAGAUUGCCCCAGACUUGUCAAAAGAAGACCUCGAAGAUAUUGCAGCUGUUGCCUUGGCUCUUCGCCUGGAUGGACUGAUUAUAUCAAAUACAACCAUCUCAAGGCCAGAAGCUGUCAGUAGAAAUCCUGUUGCUGCAGAAGCUGGUGGUUUGAGUGGGAAGCCUCUCUUUGAUCUCUCUACCAAUAUCUUGAAGGCGAUGUAUAUCAUGACAAGGGGCAAGAUCCCUUUAAUUGGCUGUGGAGGCAUUGCCAGUGGUGAGGAUGCAUACAAGAAAGUACGAGCUGGAGCAACACUGGUUCAACUAUACACAGGUUUUGCUUAUGGGGGGCCUGCACUGAUCCCUCAAAUAAAGGAUGAAUUAGCUGAGUGCUUGGAGAGAGAUGGUUUCAAAUCCAUUCUGGAUGCAGUUGGUGCGGAUUGCGGACGACUUUGAUCCAAAUUGAAUGCCGGCAGUGAGGAACGAAAAAUAAAUGCUGAAGUGUUACUUUCCUUUAAUAAUUCUCGAAGUUGCAAGGUUAACUUAAAAGUUUUGGUAUCAUUUAUUCCUGAUCGAAGUUCAUCGCUGUUCUUUCCUGAGCUGGGCUAUGAUGGACAUAUUCUGACAUGUAAAUUGGAUUUUAGGAGUAAUUCGGUCCAAAUCCUCUGUAACAAAUACAACAAAGAAACAAGUGAUUCAUGUUAGGGAAGCGCGUCUUUGACACUGAGGGUUGAUUGAGGUUUGUGUUUAGCUGUCGUCUUUCGAGGAAUACAUGUUGAUCAAUGAAAUAUAACUUAUCAUUUCUAACUCA